AGAAGAAAAUUGGCUUUCUUGCAGCCGGCGCAUGUACUGUAGACUCCCUGCACAGAGAGAGAGAGGGAGAGGGUGGGAGGAUGAUGAUGGAGGUCUGAGGAGCGGCUCUUCUCUCUUGAUGCUAUCUCGCCUCCCCCGUGAAGCUGCGGAGCGUUUGAUCCUGUUCCUUUAAGCCGCAGCUGCUUGUUUGUGUGUGUGUGUGUGUGUGUUUGUGUGUGUGUGUUUUUCUACAUUUUAAUAUCCCCAUCUUUGCUGCUGGCCGGUCUAUCUACUGUACAUCCAUCACCAUCUGUAGCCAUGUCGGACUCUGAGGACAUGACGGAGUUCGCCAGCAUCGUGGAGCGGAUCGAGCGGGGCGAGGUCCCGAUCAAGAACAUCGAGAGGGAGCUGAUCUGCCCCAUCUGUAAGGAGCUCUUCACCCACCCGCUGAUCCUGCCAUGCCAGCACAGCGUCUGCCACAAGUGUGUCAGAGAGCUGCUGAUGCUAAACCAUGAGGACUCUUUUGAUGCCGGCUCCGAGUGCUCCAUGCCGGGCAGCCCCAGGUCCAGGGUGCCCUCCCCCUCCAUGGAGAGGCUGGACAGGCUUGUGAGAUCAGGUGGGUCUCGGGCCACAGUGCGAAGGUCGUUUGGAAGUCGAGGUAGACGCGGGCUCCGUGUUUUGACUAGCGGUAGUAGCUCCAUCUCGUCCCCGGGGUGGCGCAGAGGAUCUGUGACUCCUCGGGUCACCACUAUUCCGUGCCCCGGCUGCCAGCACGACAUCGACCUCGGCGAGCGCGGCAUCAGCAUGUUGUUCCGUAACUUCACCCUGGAGAGCAUCGUUGAGCGCUACCGCCAGGCUGCCCGCGCAGCUGUCGCCAUCAUGUGCAACAUCUGUAAGCCUCCACAGCAGCAGGAGGCCACAAAGAGCUGUAUGGACUGCAAGGCUAGCUACUGUAAUGAGUGCUUCAAGCUGCACCACCCCUGGGGCACGCCCAAAGCUCAGCACGAGUAUGUUGGCCCCACCACGAAUUUUAGGCCCAAGGUGCUCAUGUGUCCAGAGCAUGAGAUGGAGAAGGUGAACAUGUACUGUGAGGUCUGCAGACGACCCGUGUGUCACUUGUGUAAGCUGGGAGGAUCCCACGCCAACCACAAAGUCACCACAAUGAGCAGUGCCUACAAGAUCCUCAAGGAGAAGCUGGCUAAGAGUAUCCAUUACCUCAUCAGCAAGGAGGACCAGGUCAGGACUCAGAUUACAGGCCUUGAUCUGCUCAUCAGUCAGACCGAGGAAAAUGGUCAGCUAGCAGAGCGUCAAGCCAACGAGCAUUUUGAGCGUCUGUUUGAGACUCUGCAGGAGAGGAAAUCAGAGAUGCUGAGGUCCAUCGAGCAGUCACGAAACCGACGCCUGGACCACCUCAGGGCCCAGGUGGAGGAGUACCAGGGCAUGCUGGAGAACAGUGGUCUAGUAGGCUACGCUCAGGAGGUGCUGAAAGAGACCGAUCAGUCGUGCUUUGUACAGACUGCAAAGCAGCUACACACCAGGAUCCAGAAGGCUACAGAGUCUCUGAGGACCUUCCACCCUUCAGCUGACCCCUGCUUUGACGAAUUUGUGUUGGACACAUCCAGAGAGGAAACUCUGUUGAAGGAGAUGUGCUUUGGUGGAGUUCCAGACCCUCCUCUGAUUGACUUGUCCAGUAGCAAAGUCUACAACGAGGCCUCAAUCUGCUGGAGGCUGUCUGAUGACCACCUGCCUACUGAUCACCACGUGCUUGAAUACCGCAGACUCGGGGGCCCGAGCCAGUCCCCAUCCCAGGAGGACGGUGAGGACAGUGGGGUCUGGAGGGCUACAGACAGGGUGUACGGUCCCAGCGCUGUGGUGUGUGACCUUGACCCCAACAGCCUGUACGCCUUCAGGGUCCGGAGCUGCAGGAACUCCAUGUUCAGCCCCUACAGCCCCGAGGUCACCUUCCACACACCACCUGCACCUUCUUUUGGAUUCCUGUUCAGCGACAAGUGUGGCUUCAGUACGGAGCGGCUCAUUCUGAACAAGCGACGGGACACUGUGGAGAACGUAGCAGGCAUGGCCUUCCUCCUCGCAGCAGAUCGUGUGCAGACUGGCAGCUACAUCGGACUAGACUACAUAAUUGGGGACACGGGCAUCUCUCAGGGAAGACACUAUUGGGCCUUCAAGGUGGAGCCGUACUCCUACAUGGUUAAAGUUGGAGUGGCCUCUGACUCAAAGCUGCUUGAAUGGUUUCACAAUCCCAGAGAUACCAGCAGCCCAAGGUAUGACCAUGACAGCGGGCAUGACAGCGGCAGCGAGGACACAUGCUACGAGCUCUCCCAGCCCUUCACCCUCCUCACCCUGGGCAUGGGCAAACUCUUCAUCCCUAAGACUUCUUCCUCCUCCUCCGUUUCCACAGCAAACGCCCCGCCCGGCGACCCUGGCAACCGCGUGCUUCCCUUGCCACAGCGCUUGGGCAUAUGCCUGGAUUACGACGCAUGCCGUGUGUAUUUUUACGACGCCGACACCAUGAGGUGCCUUUACGAGAGGCAGGUGGAUUGUUCAGGAACAAUGUAUCCAGCGUUCGGCCUCAUGGGCAGUGGCAAGGUCCAACUGGAAGAGUUCAUCACCGCUAAGAGACUGACCUUCUGAGGAGGGACGGGAGUGGGUUGAUGCAUUAGUUUCUGCAUCGAAUUAAUGGCAUGUUCUGGGAAGAUAGGGUUUUAUUGACAGGGUGAUGGAGUACAAUCCAACUGAUGAGGCAGAUGUGAUAAGGAUCUUUAUGUGAAAUGUGAAAAUGGGAUCUCUGCCAGAACUGGCCUAUUUAGAGUUGGUAUGUAAUGGUGUAUGAUCCACAUACAAGAGCAUGCCACUGAAUAUUAGUGUCCAUGUACAAAGGUCUCCAGAGAUUGGUAUAUGGUAUGUGAAAGGUCUUCUCUACAUACCAAAGUCUCUGUAUUUGUUUAAUUGUAUUGACAUGGUUUUAAUUGCCAGUUAUAAUCAGCUGUUAAUGCAGUGUAAUUGGCUGCAAAGUUAGUCUGCAGCUACUUUAAAUCUUUAUGGUUUUAACAUUAAACGCCUUCGAGCUUACACUUACACCUCCUCUGUUGCCAGGUUUAUGUUCAUAGAUUAAUUUGUGUUUAUCGAUUUAUUGGGUGAUCUUUGUUUCUUUGGCUCCUUUCUGUAACUAUUUGUCUAAAUGUAGCAGCAUAGGUUUAGAUGUAAUCUUGGUGGAACUGAGAGAGCCUUGUAGCUACUUUUAAAGCUAGUGCCUUUGUGCCUUUUUUUUAGGGAAUGGCUCACUUAGUUUGCUCUAGCAAGCAGAUGUUGGUGUCUUUGCACAAGCAUUAUGGACAUAAUUAUCAGCAUAAAUACUGUAUGUGAGUUUUUACUGUAGGUAGAGUUUGAUCACAGACACUGGUGUCAAAGUUAUAACAGUUAAUAGUAUUCAUUAUGACUUGUUACUUAUUUACUCUUGACUUCAUCACAGAAAACACUACUUUUCUUCCAUGUCACAAUUUUUUUUUUUUGUUGAGCUGUUUUUGCACAAUAGGACGAAAGAAGCCUCGCACAUGAUAAACUUUUACAAUCAUCACGUAUUGAUCACUACCUAAAUAGCUUCUUCACUUUUUUAAAUGUUGUAAACAUAAUCAGCACAUAGAUGUCACACGGUGACUGUCACACUCACACAAACAUUCACCUUUUCCUAACAUAAACAUGAAUCCUGGAGUAGUUACUUGGAUUUAAAAGCCUCUCACUGUUUGCACAGCACUGAAUGUGGCUUUCAGCAUCAUAAAACCAGCCAGGUACCAGAACACCUUGUACUUGUAGUCAACAUUAGUUUGACAGCUGCAAAGUCACUAAUAGCCAAAGCGUGUUGGUUUCUGGUGCUGACUUAAGUGCAACUCACAGCGCCGUGUUUCUAACAGCCUUUAAACACAGUUAAGAAACAAACAAGAAACAGAGUUAUGCAGUUCUUACAAAAGUGCUAUCACUAAACACACUGUUCAGUACCUUUUUACUAUCAAAACCACCGUUUACUUGCAGUGCAGACGCAUGAACUGUAACAUAUUAGCAUGUCACCGGUGAGUUUGGCUAUCAGACAGACACCUAAGUGGUUGAUUGGCUUUGAUUUUAAAUCAGCUCAGAUAUUCAAGUCUAAGACAGCACACUAGACAGACUGUUUGCUUGGCAACCACACUUGUGUUUUGUAAUAGACUUAUACUGUAAAUGUGCCUGCACGUAGGGUUCGUUUGUACAUUCAUGUAUAUUUUGAUUUCUGGAGGGUUAGGGUAAUCGGUGUGUGUGUUUUCUCAGGUUUCUGGUCCUGAUUUGGGGCCUAAUGCUACCUACCUCUAUCCGUCAGGCCUGGAAAACCUUAACUACUGUACCUUUCCUCACAGAAACGAGUUCGGUUUGAUUUGCAGCUUUGUCCACAACAGUCAGUUCGAUAUCUCCGCCUUCUCUCUAAUGUCAGAUAAUAAGCUGAUCUUUCAAAAUGUUUGAUUUAACUUCCAUGUACAUAUUAAUCCAGAGUAUAUUAUUUUCAGUGAAAUAAAGUACAUCUGAAAUGUUAUUAGUUGGUGUUUGCUUGUGGACUUGAAAAGACGUGUGUCACUAUUGGUGGAAAUAACUGUAAACGGAUGUUUCUUUGUUCGGCUGCCUUUUAUCAAGGGAGUGUUUUUCAAAUGGUUCUAACAACCUUUUCUUCCUCUGUUUUGUGGUGUUGGUUUGAUUAGUCAAUUUAAAUAUUUUGGUUAUGAGUGUGGAAGUUUUUUGUUUUGGGUUAAAAGCAUUUAAUAAAUUCAUGUUCUUGCAUUUAGCUGAACAGAAACUUUCUCCAGUCUCCAAAUGAAAUAGUGGAUUUCUGUGACGUGCGUAUUGUCUCACAGGUGUUUCUGUCAUUGAUUUCACUCCAACCAUCAGACGUCACAGCCCUUGAACCCUGACUCCUGUGUAUAUAAAAAAAAAAAAAACUGACUGUUUAAACAUCUUCAAAACAUGUCUAUGCAUUUAUGAAUUUACAGGGCAGGUUCACGGUUUUAUUCCCAUCACAGAAUGUAAUUAUUGUCCUGUUAACAAACCGCUGAAUGUUCUCUCUGUUGGGUUUUUUUAAGGUGGUUUUCUUCUAUUAGUUUGUUCCACUCUGGUCACAGCACAGUUGUUGUGUAGUUAUAAAGAUGUGAUAAAAAGGCUUGUAAUCUCAACAUACACAGCUGAUUUUAUUGUUUUUUUUUUUAUUAAAAUGCAUGCCUAGCCUGCUUUUCAGUGAUGAAUUUAGAACCAAAUAUUAUCGCAGGCUGGCUCUCAAUCUAAUUCCAAGCUAGCACUUUAAAAAAUCUGUAGCGAGUCAGCAACAGGUGUGUGUAUAAUAAAUGUGUGUGUGUGUGUGUGUGUGCAAUACUAUUAAACAGGCUGUAGAGUAGACAGACAUAGGCCUGUUAAGACAGUUUGCACUGUUAAUAGUUUACAGUUUAUAUUGUGGUUUUUAAAUUGGGCUUUUCCUUGGUACAAAGUGAAUUUUAAACACUACUAAAUUUGUUUUUUUUUCUCUAACAAACUCUUCUGAACUUUAAAUUAGUGACAGUGCAUUUGGCUGUGCUUUCUCCAGAGGAUUUGUAUGUGGUGUGUAAGUGGUGGGUUUCUGUAUGUGUUGUAUGUAAAGAUGUGGAAAUAUUGUUCUUUGCUCGGAUUCCUGGAAACGCUACACAAUUUAAUUUGCUGUGUGGGGAUUUCAUCAAAUAAAACUAGUGUGUUUUUAAAUCAA